GUGAUAGCCGGAAAGUCAUACGAACUAGGUAGGUAACCUGCAACCUAGCAAACUCUCUCCAGCUUUUCUCAACUUUGCACCACCCACAUCCAUCAAUGAUCACGGUAAAGGACAAAUAAGACAAGACAAUUGUACAUGCGACACGAAAUGCACUGUCAAUAAUAACACCAACAUUUCUCUAAAACACCCCUCACCUCCUAUCCGCCACCGAUUAAGGGCUGGGCUGUCUUUUCAUAGUAAUUAUUCAUCUUCCCUGGGAAGGAAGCCAAGGAGCAUCGAAAGAGAAAGAAACUUGAAAUCACCGCUCAGCCAAUCGAUUUAUAUCAUACUAGUUUACAGACAUCAUCACCAUGUCAACCACCAGAAGAAGAAGAGGGGCACAGAAAGAAUUUGAGGCUGUAGAGGAAAAAGCACCUGAAUCUCCAAUAGCGCCGGACUCUCUGAUCCGCCCCGAUGACUCGCGGCGGUACUGGUCCGGGAUUGAUGCCGACGUCAACGGCAUGCUAGGCGGGUACCCGGGCGUCUCGCGCAUCGACCUACUGGGCUCUAAGGGCUUCCUGUCUAAGAUCGGGCUCGGCCGCAAACAGCAGGGUGUCAAGACCAUCAACGCGGCUUUGGAGGGCGGCGCUGGAAUCGGACGCAUCACCCAAGGUCUACUCCUAGACAUCGCAGAGACAGUCGACGUGGUCGAGCCCAUCGCCAAGUUUACCGCCGCGCUUGAGGGUCGCCCGGGCGUCGGCCAGAUCUACAAUGUCGGCCUUGAAGAAUGGCGGCCCGAUCCAACAACCACGUACGACCUGGUCUGGAACCAGUGGUGUCUUGGCCAUCUGACUGACCACCAGCUUGAGGCGUAUCUACGGCGAUGCAGCGCCGCGCUGAGUGUCGACGAUGACGGACAGGCGAAGGGCGUCAUCGUUGUGAAGGAGAACCUGAGUACGUCCGAAGAAGACUUAUUCGAUGAAAUCGAUAGCAGUGUUACGCGACUGGAUGAAACAUUUAGACGAAUCUUCGAAGAGGCCGGACUGCGUAUCAUCCGCACGGAGCUGCAGCAUGGGUUCCCCCAUGAGCUAUAUCCCGUGCGCAUGUAUGCACUGAAGCCCAAGGCGACUUGAUUCGUUCAUGAAGGGGCUAAAAAGAAAAAAUAAAGAAGAAAAAAAAGGAAAAUUGCACAAAUUCAUACUUACCUAGUAGUACCUAGUAAUACUGUGCUUUUGACACUCCGUAUCAUGACAUCUAUAACCAUUUAGGUUAGGUAGGUAGGUACCUAAGUAGGCAUAUAAUCUAGUGCUCUAGCUCAUGUAAACCUCGUAAAUACCUGCCUGCCUGCCUACCUGCCUACCCUACCCUACCUAAUCCUUCUUUCUUGCCUACCUAUCUACCAAUAGGUGCCCAGAUAGGUAUCUAUUUCCAAGCAUCCCGGGCCCUCGUCCACCACAACCACAAGCCACAAGCCACCACCAGCCCACCAAAACCAUCCAUGAAACCAUAA